AUGAAAGAAGAAGACUACAUCAACAUGAUGGAUACCAUCAACGCCAUCAUGGGCCAUGACGGGGACCAGGACAAUGACCCCGGAGUCAGAAAGCUAGCGUCCUUCCACAUAGACUACCCAGAUGCCGAGAUGUCUAUGAAGCUUGAGGACAUCACCUGCCCGGCCAAACUGGAAGGCCCAAUCUCGUACGAGUAUCUCAUUGAGAAGCAAAGGAAGGUCGUUACCUUUGCAACCGAGAAGGGGUCUGUGACAGAGUUCAUAGAGAAGCUUUCGAAGGAGGAACUGCACGUUAAAAAACUCGUAGAUGCCAUUCAUGGGGUUUUACUCAACGCCAAAGAGCAGACCGAUGAGAAGGCUGUUAUUGAGUCGAUGGCGGAGAUGUCAUUGGAUAAAGCUACCUAG